UAGGCGCACAUAUUCUCUAAAUUGAGAAGACAUUCGCAAAGGCACGAGUCGAGUCUCGGUUAAGUGCAAGAUCCCACAGCUUACGUGGGUGGUGAUGAUGAUAUUAAGAAAAAGUGUCCGCAAAAAUUGGCGAUUGGCCAAUUGCCGCAGUCAUUGAGGGACAGCUUGAAGCGACCCGAAAUUGAGUGUAUGUCGAGGACGAUAGCGUCCCGGGGCUGGAAUCUUACGAGCUGGAGGAGAGCGUCGAACCAAGUUCCGAAGAAGAAAGAUAGAGUGCGAAGAUGGGGGCAUGGUAGGCAGUGAGACAGAACUGAGAUAGAAUUUUGAGAGAGACAGGAGAUAUAAAGACGAAAGGGGGGGGAGGAAGAAAGAGAGCGAGACAGAUACGGAGUGGGAAGCUGGCGAGGGGAAGCUGGAGAGAGAAAUACCGAGAGAGAAAGGACAGAGAGCGAGAGGGAGGAGCAGUUCAGAAGCAAGGGUAGCGGGGGAGGGUCGCGGCUUCGAAUCAGGGGUUGCUUUCAGAGGAGCACGCAGUGCUCUCUCGUCUCGCGAGCCGGGAGAACGGGAGAGAACGUGCGUGCCGGCUCGCAGGAAGAGGGUAGUUUUCUCACACCCUCGGCAGACUCCUACCCUCGUGGUCCCCGUCGCUCGUUCCCGCCGAAAGUGGAACUUGGGGCAGAAUCGCGACAAAAUCGUCAGCUGUGUCAACACCUCCCUACCCUCCUUUCUCCUUCCGCCUCUCCGUUUCUCGCACCUCCGUGAAAUCUGGACGAGGCAUUCGGGAAUGAGACGUCAGCCAAUUAAUGCGUCGGGAUUUAAGACCAGGUGGAAGAUCAAGGACUAACACUCGCGCGGACAACGUGAUCCUCUCGAGGUAUUCCUCGAUGUUCUAACUUUCGCUUUCGCGGAAGUGCUCUCGUGCUGGAGAACGUCGCCGAAAUCACGAACAAUUAAUGUGCCGAUUAAAACGACUCGAAGUCAAGUGAAAGACAAAAAAAAUGGAAGAUUGCAACGCGAUUCUCAGGCUGUUCCGCGGCGCAGGAUUUAGCUCGUAAAUCUCCCUAAAGGGAGUUAUCGAUUGAAAGAUCGGUAUAUACUCCCGACUGAUCAAGCACCCUUAAUCCUAACCGACGCAUUCCCUUCAAUGGUUCAUUCGAUGGUCCAAUCGGUCGUGAGUUGAUUAACCUCUCAGGGAUGGAGAAAUUAACGCAGCGAGUGCUUUAGCUCAGAUAUAUGGCGUUGAUAUCACAGAUAAUCACCUCUCCGUAUCAUUCUUCGCAAUUUUUAUCCUGUCCCGCUGCUCUGUACAACGGCGGUUAAUUAGUGGCGGUGUCAGCGUAAAAAAGACAAAUUGUUGCCAACAGAUCACGAUUGAGUACCUUUUGGCAUCUUUAGACGAUUCGUCACGUCUUCCUGAAAGGAGCGACGCGCGUGUCAGGCAAAAAUCGCCGUCGCAGUUUAACGAGACGUGUAUCGAUGAUCGGGAAACGCGAUAUCCGGCACAGGGAUACGCCCUUAAGAGCGCGACAGCGGGUGGCAAGGAUGACGUGUUCCUCGCGAGGAGGGACGGCGGAUCGAGGAAGAGCGUUUUGCACGCCGUCGAGUUGCCGCCGGCGUGCCAAUUAGGCAUAAAUACCCUCGGUUGAGGGUAAAAGCGGGCCCGGAGAGAGCAAGUCGCUACCUGGAGGUCGCGAGGAAAAUCGCCGGGCGAGAAGAAAGCGGGAAGAGCAGUGUGAGAGAUGGCCGCCGGUUCAGCGGUAGCGAUGAUCGGCGCUAAUCUGAGAUUCGGCAUCGGCGCUUCCGGGAAUGUCACGUCCAACGCCACCAAGGUGUUCCAGUGUCACCCCGGUGGUGUGACCGAGGCGACCGUGAUAUUUAGCCUCGGUGCAUUGGGGAUGGGGGCGAAUAUCAUCCUCAUGACGUUGAUACUGGCGAAGCGACAGCUGCGCAGGUGGUCCCAGGGACUGUUAUUCCACCAAGCCAUGGUGGAUUGCGCGAGAGCCGCUAUUUUGCUGCCCCUAGGCUCCAGCAUAUUGAAUUGUCAGCCCGUUAACAAGUGCUCUCUGGUAGAGACCGCCUUUCUGUUACUGGUGACCGUCUCCACGGUAAAUAUGCUCACGACCGUGCUAAACGACAGCCCGGUGUUCCCAGAAAGCGACGAGGAGGCAGAUCUGACCGCUCCCUUGCUGAUGGAUUCACCCCAGUGCGUGCUCUUUGGCACCUUCAUGAUCUGGUUCGCCAGCAUAACUAUCAAUCUGGGACCUACGUUUCUUAGCGGAGCUUUAGCGGCGAACACGGAGAGCGGUCACAACGCGCCCAGCUGCCCGUUGGUACACGGCCCCUUUCGCCACUAUAUACUCAAUGUCCUUUGGAUUGUCAUCAACAUUAUUUGCGUAGCACUCACGCUCUUUCACUUGAGAAAGUUGCACAGGGAUCUGACGAAAGCUAAUGUCGAAGCGGUACGAGUAGCUGGUCUCGUUACAACGCUCGUUAAUGUGACGGGAGGACAUCAGGGUGCAACGAAUGCACUUGCAAGCGAAGACGGUGGCACGAGGAACGGUACGACACCGAAAAGAACGGGCGCUAUCGAGGAGCACCGGAAAAUGAGGAAUUACCUGAGGAGAAUGGAACGCGAGGGUGUGCAGAGGGUGAAAAUGUUCCUGGUCAUAACGGCGGCGUACGUCUUGUUCUGGGGACCAUUGUUUUUCGUUACUCUGGUGCAUCACCCCGUUAUAGGAAACCCCACCGGCUACGAGGUGACCCUACACAUCGCGUACGUGCACGCCUUCGUAAACCCGGCCCUGUUCCUCGCCCUGCAUCGGGGGCUGCGACAGGGGAUGUCGGACGUGUGUUGCGGCUGCUGCGAGAGCAUAGCCCGAUGGAUCCUCGGGUCCGCCGCGACCGGUCCGAUGCAGAAUGUUCAGCUGCCCCGAUACGAGCCGAAUCUCCCCUCGCCGCCGGAUCCACCCCUGGCGGCGCAGGCCAUGGCGCCGGGAUGCAAUCUGACUGACGUGGCGCUCCUGAAACCACCCCUGCCACCGACUGCCAAACACCUACUGGUGGACGAUUCUAUCGUGAUGCCACCCGACCCUUGGAGCCUGACUUCAAGACCGAAGAGCACUUCCAGCCUGUACGAGGAGGAAUUAUCCAGAAGACCGAGCCUCCUGCUACCACCACCGGCGGAACUGAACGACAUGCAAAUGAGCCCCACGAGUAGCGACUUGCCCAGCGAAUAAAUGAUCUUAAUCAACAUCGAACCAAAAAGCAUAACUUUAAUCGAUCGCAGUGUAAAAAAUAAUUGCAAAAAUGAGACGAGCAGAUUUUCAGGAAAAAUCCUUCCUAAUCCUCCCCUGGAGCACCAUCCUUCGAUCAGGCGUUCAUAUAUCGUUGACAAAAAGCCGAAAUCAAAUAAGCCACGCGCUACAAUUACCUAAUCCAGACGAAAUUGAAGAUAAUACCAUCGGAAAUUUGUAAAUCGUAAAUUUGCUUCUUACGGGCGUUUAAUAUCAAGAAACAAGAUUGCGUCAAGAUGAAAUUCAUCGUACACAUAAACUUGAGUUUCACUAGGAAGUGAAGUAAUUGAAAAAUUAGUACGCACAUUUACUUUUACAAUGGAUACAUAGAAUAGGCAUACAAAAAAUUAACAGACUGACUUUUCUCACAAAACUCGUAUUUAUGUAUAUAUCAAUUUCCGCUAUUGUCACGUCCAGAAUCAUCGGUUGAAGUAAUGUAAAGAUCAUUGCUUUGGUAUCUGAGAAACGGCAUUGUCUUGCCAUACUUAAAACGUUGCAUUUGUCAUAAACUCGCGAUUAAAGUCUUUUCCGACAACUUUUACGAUCUUUAUCGUAAGCAGACGUGACGUUCUCUUCAUUUACGGAAUCGUAGAAAUAAUCACAAAAUUCUACGCAGUAAAUUACUAGUAAUUAAAUGAUAAAAAUUAAACUUUUUUUUAACUAUGAUUGGCAUACGAUCAACAAUGUAAUUUUAUUGCCACUGAAUUAUGCGGUAAAUAAUAAAAGUAAGUUUACUUAUCAUUACAAGCUAUUUGGAAGCCCGGAUAAAUUAUCGAUAAGUUGAAAUUUAAUUUCCCGCUCUUUUUGAUGAACUUGAUGUAGUGGCACAAUUAAAAAAAAAACAAAAUAAAAUAUGAAGAGGAAAGAAAUGUAAUCCACCGGGCAUCAUCUGAAUGUAUCUGUGAUUGCUUAUAAACGUCCUAGUCUUUUUGUCGUUGUCGUGUCGUGGUAAUAGAUCCUUAUUGUUAGAGAAUUAUACAUAUAUAUAUACAUAUAUACACACAAUGUAUAUAUAUAUACAGCGCGAUAAGUGAUACUUUAGAAAUAUUAAAUAAUAUUAAUUCGUGAUCUGCUUUUUCGGCUACACAGAACAGGACUGAAAACGAAACGAAUCUGGCGAGUCAGAGAAGUACAAUACGCGGUAGAAAGUAUAAUUGACUGGGAAUAAUUUCUUCAUUUAGCCAAGUUAUAGGUGCACUUAAUAAAUGUACAUAAAGAUCGAACGCGCAGUCCUGCCGCGCUUCAGUCCUUCGUAAAGUGGCACUAUCGCGUGAGCUUCUUCAUUCGGGGACUCAAUCUUCUUGAAACGAGAUACUAUAUAUAUCGAAUUACAUAUAUAUUUUCUACGCGACAUUUUAGAGAUCGCACCCGUUGCAGCCGCACAAUGCAUCUGUGUCUCGCCGAUCUAAUUGUGCGUUACACCAACGCUUUUGUUUUAUGCAAAUGAGAAUGAUUCACGAGAGCGAGGAAGCAGAGAAAUCAGCCGAUUAUUCUACGAAUAGAGAACUGGAAGUAGUUCACAGCUAAUGUAAAUGUAAAUAUGAACGAUCAUCCCGAUUCCACUUGAAAUUCUUUGCUAGUUGUACACUUGCUAUAUUAAUAACUUUGCAUAAUUGUUCUUACGUAUUUGUCUCAAAUACUUAUUUUCAAAUUUAUUAAUUUAAUGUUGCAAAACGGCGAACCAGGAGCGAUAUAUCCCCAGAUAUUUCAAAUAUACAUUUGCUCAUCGCGUUUAUAUAAUAAAGAAAAACUUGAGUGGUUUCGAAGUCUUAUUCCCCGAAAAAUUAUAAUAUUGAAGUGAUAUUAGAAAACAUAUUAAAAGACGGUCGACUCUGAACAGAGAAACGAGCAAAAUUAUAAUAUUAAGAACAAUCAAAACACUCAGUUAAUUGAACUUAAAAUUGACAAAUUAACUUGUCACGUGAUCUUUUAAAGCACAUGAUAUUUCGUAUGAAUUAAAAUACAAUUCCUAAUUAUGAGAGUAAUUAAAGUGAUUUCUACUAAUUUUAUGUAAAACUGUAAAAAACACUGUAAAAAUUAUUCAUAUCAAGUUACGCCGUAUAUCGUAGUUAGCAGAUUAUAAUUGUGAUGAUUAUCCUCUAAAAGUCUAACUAAUAAGCAAUAUUUCAAUCGCAAGAAAUAUUAAAAAUUGGUAAACGUGAAAUCUAACAGAGAGUACCUUCUUGACAUGUUUAUAUUACUUAUAAGUCUGAUUAAAAACAAUGUAAGAGAAGAGAGAUUGAAAUGAAUAAAAUUUUUUCCAAAAUUAAAAUAUGCACUAUUGGCAUCAUUAAACAUACAUGUAUAUUAAAGUGUAUUAAAAGUGUUAGCGUAGAACUUGUUUCUUAUUGUAUAGCGAAAGGCAUAUCAAUGUAGAGAAGUGUUAUGCGUUUGAAAAUGAGUAUGUGCAGCAUAACGUUACGUGGCGAGUAUCGAAAUUUAUUAAAAUUACGUAAAUUUAAUAUCCUCACUCAAGCCCCUCUUUCUUUAUUCGUCGGAGAUGUGUUAAAAGCAGUGCACGGACGCUGCUUAGAUACAAGUCAAUUAACUGUAACUACCACAAGAUAUUUUCUUCUUAAGUCGCGUGUGUAAUAAAUGUUUCAUGUAAAUUCAUGUAAAUUAUAUAUAUAUAUGUGUGUGUGUGUGUAUGUAAGAAAGUGGUAGAUCAAGACCGAAAUUUUUUAUCGUAAUUUUAUAAAUGCAACAUCGAGAACGGACGUAAUCGAUUAAUGGCAAUUGUGAGAAAAGAAAAGUAUUUCGAGGUGCAUUAAAAGUAUACGGGAUGCGUUAGAAUUGGAAGUUUCGCAGCUUCGACUAUGCGUUUGAUUGAACUGUGCACAUUUUUUUCCAACAAUUAAUUCACCCUACAAUAAUUUAUUAUAUUUCUCAAUAGAUCGCGAAUAUAUUUGAGAUUGUCUGCUUGCAGUGUAUAUUAAAAUACACAUACCUAAAUUUUUUUAGCACGAACGUCGUAGGUCUUUACGCCAACGUAUUUAAUUUCAUUUACUGUUUAACAGCAAGUAUCUCUUGGAAUUGCUAUUAAAGUCGAUUUUUUUUCACAGCGUUCUUGAAAGCCAAACAUUAAAGCGAAUUAUUCUAAACAAUCUCAUCAGGGCAAAGUGUAAUUAUUAAGAACAUUUUUAAGAGAACGGUGCCUGAAAACCCGAAAUAUCGUUACGAAUCGACAGCAAAGUAAUGCGAAAUGAUAUCGUAAACUAUAUAAAUUAUACGAGCAUAAAUUUUAUCCUUGCCAGAAAGAAGGAGAGAACCUGCAUUAUAUUUCACUGUAUAUAAAACCCUGCUCACAUAUUUAAAAUAAAAGUAUAUGUAAUAUAUAAAUUAUAUGUUCUUCUCAUUAUUAAACUAAUAUUGCGUAUUUCAAACAUGGCGAAACAAAUAGCUACAUAUAUUUUAAACUGACCUUCCACAUUUUUAUAUUUAAUGGUUUAAAAAAUUGUUAAGAUUUUUGUUUUAAGAAACGACUCUUGAAUAAUACUGGCGAAAUAUUGGAGAAAAUCUUUUUAUAUUUACCAAAAAUAUCAAAGUAAAAGUAUGGUUAAGUAAAUCGGAAU